AUGUUUUCGCAAACGAUCGUGCUGUUUGCCUUGGUGGCAUCGCUCGGUUGUAUUGAAUCAGCCCAGAAUUUGAUUAAAGAUGGCAAAGCUGCUUCUUCCGACCCUCUGAUUACAGCACCACUUGCAAAUAAAACGACUUGUAACGGAGAGUGUGUCGUACAUUAUCUAUGUAAGAACAACGAAAUCGUAGAUGAUGGAACUAAUAUUAUCGACAUUCGUGUCGGUGAAGAUCCGGAGGAGGAGUCAGAGUGUCCGCACUACCUUGAGACCUGCUGCGAGAAGAAAGAAGACAUCGAGAAGCCACUGUCGGUUCUUACAACACCAACACCUCCAGUGCCAUUUCCUGAUAAGGCGAUUCCGAAAUGUGGUUACCGUAACAUCAACGGUCUUGGUUUUCGCAUUACUGGUAACGUGAACGGUGAAUCGGAGUACGGUGAGUUCCCGUGGAUGUUGGCGGUACUGCGCGAGGUGCGGGUAGCCGACAGCAGUAAUAAUAUAUACGAGUGUGGCGCGUCGCUGAUUGCCCCGAACGUGGUCCUGACGGCGGCCCACUGUGUGUACAACAAGCAGAAGGAUCAGCUGCUAAUCCGUGCUGGCGAGUGGGACACUCAGACGCACAAUGAGCUGUAUGCGCACCAGGAUCGGCGCGUUGCAGAGAUCAUCACGCACGAACAAUUCAACAAAGCUUCGCUGGCUAACGACGUCGCCCUGCUGAUCCUGACCGAACCGUUCCUACUGGCCGCGAACGUGCAGCCGAUUUGUCUGCCACCGAAGGGAUACUCGUUUGAUCUGAGCAAGUGUUUCGCUUCCGGCUGGGGCAAGAACAUCUUCGGCCAAGAGGGUAAAUACCAGGUGAUCCUUAAGAAGGUGGAGCUCCCGGUUGUCACCAACAAUCAGUGUCAGGGUGCGCUCCGUAGAACCCGACUCGGUAGGCGGUUUCGACUGCAUCCGAGCUUCAUGUGCGCAGGAGGUGUCGCCGGCCAGGACACGUGCCGUGGAGACGGUGGAUCGCCGCUCGUCUGCCCAAUUGCUGAAGCGCCGGAGUACUACUAUCAGGCCGGUAUUGUAGCGUGGGGCAUAGGCUGUGGUGAGGAAGGUAUCCCCGGCGUGUAUGGUAAUGUGCAGUACUUCCGCGAAUGGAUUGACAAAACAUUGGUGGAUCGAAGUAUUCUGACCAGUGACUACGUCUAUACACCUUAA